CAAGACAACCUAGGUUAGGUGAGGUGCGACUUGGUUAGAUAGAGAGACUAGCUAGACCUCUGGUUAGAGAGUCAACUAACGCUCCAUGAGCCUAAUUCCAUGGCGUAAUAAUCGACUUCGACGACGACAGUGGCAAAAAAAAAUGCGCUCCGAUCCUUCCUUCCUCCUGUAUAUAAACCGAGCUAACCUUCUUCAGGUUGCCGUUGCGUUGUGCGUGCCUGCCAGUGCCAGGGAGGGGGACAGAGACAGAGAGAGAGCAGGUCCCCUUUGGGCCGGCUGCAUCAGAUCAGCAUUGCGAGAUAAGUAGAUCUUGUGUGUUGCAUCGGGUCUGCUGCUGAUGGAGGUGGAGUCGGCCAAGUGCGAGUGCUGCGGCCUGCGCGAGGACUGCACCGGGGAGUACAUCGCCGCCGUCAAGGCGGGCUUCGGCGGCCGGUGGCUCUGCGGGCUCUGCUCCGAGGCGGUGCGCGACGAGGUGGCCGCCAAGAAGCGGGGCGACCUGGAGGGCGCGCUCAGGGACCACAUGUCCUUCUGCGCCAAGUUCGGCAAGAAGGGACCCGCGUUCCGCGUCGCCGACGGCAUGCGCCAGAUGCUGCGCAGGCGGUCCAGCGACAUCUCCUCCGCCGCCGCCGCUUCCUCCGCCGCCUCAUGAGCCAUCAAACUCAUGGUUGAUACAUAGAGGAGGAGGAAAUUAAAGCGAGAGGAAGCUGAUUAUGAAAGCCACUGGACGAUCGAUCGAUUUCUGCAGCAAUGGCAAGGCAAAGCUUAGCUUCUGCUAGCUGCAUUCAUGCGCAGCGCCGGUGAUCCUUGACAAUAAUCCUAGGAUCAUAUCGGUUGCGUAGUUUAAUCUUGCAUUGUCACUGUACUAGCUAGUUGCAGGUCAGUGCCAUUCAACAAUCACACUUGGUUCAUCGCCACUUCUACCGAUCGAAAGGACGGACGGUAGAGGUGUGUGCCAGCCAAAGUGAAGCCUUACUUCUUAGGCCUAGAAGAAGGCGGAUUCGUUCCAUCUUGAGAUUGCUUGCGUUCAAGUUUUAAUUUGGUACAAGGAGAGAGCUUGUACAACUUGAACCGCAAUCGCAAUGUAUCAUUAUGUUAAUCCCUUCGUCAUAUCAUGAAUUGAAUUUAUUUUUUCUCUGCAUUAUA